UCAAUAUUCAUUAUCAAGGUUUAGAAUUCGUGAUAAAAAAGGCAAUAAAUAAAUAUGCAAGCAACAAUCUUCGAAGAGACAUUUUGUAGGCUGUGUCUAAAUACUAUAAGGGAUUCAAAUUGUCGGGUGAUAGAAGAAGUCAUAAGGGAUGUACUAAAAAUUGUUUUGCCGCAUGUGAGUUUGGAGGAGAAAGUUACACAUUUUAUGUGUGUAAAAUGUUCUGUAAAAUUAUUUGCUGCUCUUAAUUUUAAGUCCAUAUGUAUGGAUACCGAAGACUUAAUUUUUCCUUAUAUUAACGCCAGUAAAAUGUCAAUGAUUGAUUUAAAGGAAGUUUAUUUUAAAGAGAAGGGAAAUAUUCAGUUAAUGGUUGUUUCGGAUGAUCAGAGAAUCUGUCGAUUAUGUUUUCAGCUGGUAACUUAUGGAUUUGUGGCAUUAAAUGAAGUGGAUGUUGACAUAAUCGAUGCAUAUAUACCACAGGUUAACAUCCGUGCUACCAGGGAUCCUCUUAUAUGCACGGUAUGUUUUGAUUCGCUGCGUACCCAUGGCAGUUUUUUAAAGAACUGCCUUGAUGCACAUGAGAAAUAUACAAACGUCCAUAAACAGUCUUACAUUAAAACUGAAGAAAUUGAAAUAAAACCGGAAGAUGAUCAGGACAGUGACACACUACCGGAGACCUUCAAUAAUGAACCAUUUGAGAAGAGUGACUGGAAAGAUGCAGCAGAUGAUGGAUGUAAACCUGAGAGUAAAGCAGCAAACAAACGUAACAUGAAAACCAAGCAGGGCCGCAAAGUAUCAUACAAGUGUGAUAAAUGUAUUUACGAAACUGGAAGCGAGAGGUGUUUUACAGCACACCGUGCGAGACACGAAAAUGAUUCGGUAGUGUAUAAAUGUGAAUCAUGUAAGUAUGAAACUAAAGAUAAGAAGUUACUUCAGAAGCAUCAAUUGAGGCAUAAAAACAUUUCAAAAAUACGUAUGCACCGGUACGAAUCAGGUAAUUACAAGACAAAGUGCACGUCUAACCUUGCUAAGCAUCCGGUGAAACACAAAGCACAAUUGUACAAGUGCAAUGUUUGUCAUUUCAAAACCAAAUGUAGGACCAACUUUAACAGUCAUUAUUUAAAACACAAAGACUCCAGCAAAUAUGAUGAACUCAAUUGUAAAACCAAUUGCAAGGCUUUACCACAUAAGAACACCUCAAACCUGACGAUUUAUAAAUGCGACGGCUGCAGCUACGAAUCAUUGAAUAAGGGUUAUUUCAUCAAACAUCAAUUAACACAUAAAGAUCCUUCUCAGGUUCAAACAUACAGGUGUAACGAAUGUGAUUACGAAACUAAAUACAGGCGUUGCAACACCAACUUAAGCAUAAAGAUCCAUCUCAGAUUCAAAUGUACAGGUGCAAUGACUGUGACUACGAAACUAGAUACAGACAGAAAAUCAAAUACCACCUACAGAAACAUAAAGAUCCUUCGCUGGUUCAAACGUAUAGGUGUAACGACUGCGAUUACGAAACUAAAUACAAGGUUACUAUGA